UAGUUAUCCCUCCAGUUAGGAGUCUACAACUUCUUCCAGUCUCACGGAGGAAACUAACAGUUCUCUGGGAAAGGCCAGAGGGAAUACAUAAUGUAAAACUCACCUAUAAAGUGAUUCUUCGUGACCACUUGGGGAAAUGCCAAGGGAACAUGGAGGAAGUGAUGGACAAUGUUCAAGGCAAUAAGACAAAAAAUGCAUUUAGCUUUAUUAAUCUAAUGCCAUGGUCCAGCUAUUCAGUCAUUGUAUGUCCUUCCAUGAGGACAAUAAAUGUAAACAAGACAACUUGCACCUGCGGUGAUUACCAGCAUCAACCUGAAGGGCCAGUCUUCAACCAAACAUUACCUGAAGAACCAACUGAACGUCCAGAUAUACGGCCUUGCGAGGCACAAUGCAGUGAGACAAACUUUACUGUCACUCUAAAAUGGAAGGCAAACAACUUGCUAAUAUGGAAUGGAAUCCCUAAGAAGUCUGUUAUCAGGAUAUACAGAAGGAAUUCUUCAUCCCAAAGCAUAGAACACAUGCACCAAACAAAGUCCCUUACUGGGAGUCCUAUAAUAACAGUCCAUUUUUCCCUUGAGCCUAAUUACAAUGGGUCAUUACUGAGAUAUUCUGUGGGUAAGCUGAACAGCAAAGUGAAAUACUCAUUUGAGGUGCAAUUUUGUUCAAAUGGGGGUUGUGGCCCAAGUGCAAUGGCAGCACUAAGCUGUGAUUCUUGUGAAUUGCUGGGACAUCCAUCAGGACCACCCGGUAAGAGUGAAGACUCCACCUUGUGGGCAAUAAUUGGUGUCGUCUCAAUUUGCAGUUUGGUUAUUGUAGUUUUUAUAGUAUGGAUUAUAAAGAGGAAAAGCAACAGGCCCGGGAAUUUACAGCUACGGGAUAGAGUAGGAUCCUUGCCCAUCAAUAUCUACGAAGGGUCUGACUGUACGGACAAGGCGUCGGAUAGUGAACCCUACAGUGUGCUGUUAUCGUCAGAAACCCAGCUGUAAACGGAACUGAACAGGAUACAGAGCAAGUCUAGGUCGGCCCGCAGCCUCUUUGGCGAUUUUCCCAACGAAGAGUGCGAAAAAAUCUGCAAGCAAGUUGAUUUUGUUAGCUAAAAUGGUAGCCAUAGACAUAGCGUCGAGAGAGACAGCGAAAUAUCAUGUAUAACCCAUAAGCAGAUCUAUCUAACUCACAUUAUGGUCACUAAAGAUGUAACGAUGUUCCUGUGGGAUUUACUCUUUCGACUGGUGUUGUUGUAUUCGCGCUCUAGGUAAAGCUGCAUGACAAAAGACCCUCACCGCUGUUGGCAUGGUGCCUUCGCAGUCACAUGACCUCAACUGUUAUCAACGGAAGCUCU